GGCUAAAGAGAAGCAAUCAUUGAGUGUGGAUGAUUGGAUGAAAGUGAUAUUCAGUGAUGAAUCUGCAUUGGUCAAGGCGAUGAUGCUGGAACUUUUGUCUGGUGCCGUUCUAAUGAAACAAAUAAAGAUGACUGCCUGAAGAAAACAAUCAAAUUUCCUCAGUCAUUUAUGAUCUGGGGUUGCAUGUCAGGUAAAGGACCAGGGGAGAUGCCAAUCAUUACCUCAACGCACAGGUGUACAUUGAGAGUUUGGACACUUUUCUCAUUCCAUCGAUAGAAAAUAGGUUUGGUGAUGAUGAAGUCAUAUUUCAGGAUGAUUGCUCUUGCCACAGAGAGUGUUAAAGCUUUUCUUCAGGAAAGGUAUAUCAACUCAAUGACAUGGCCAGCAAACAGUCCGGAUCUCAAUCCCAUUGAAAAAAUGGGUCCAUGACACACCUCCAUCCUGCAAAGCUGAUCUGUCAACCGCUAUUGGAGAAAGUUGGAACCAGCUUGACGGAGAAUCUUGUUUUUCAUUAGUGAAGUCAAAGAAUUCAGGCAGGCAUAAAAGCCAGAGGAGGAGCAACAAAGUGUGAAUUGUGAAUUUUUUUUAUAUUUAUGAUUUCAUAAUUUUUUCCUCUACUUGAUCUGGAAAAAAAUAUGCCAUUAAUUAAAAUAAUGUACUUUAAUUUAUUUGAGGGAUGUUUCAUGAAGCCAGAAUGUUCCGCUAUUAAACAGAAACUGUUUUGUGUCGUAUCUGUGAUUUGUUUAUUUGCUAUGAAGUAAAAAAGCUGUGUGAGUUUCCUCCAAGUGUGGUGAUUCCAUCAUUUGUGCCAGGGGUUGUAACACUUCACACGUUGCGUCAACUGCGUCUCCUCUGAUUGCGUCAUCACGCAAAGAGCGUGCGUGCGUGUCCCACGUGCAGAUGUUUACGUCCUCCUAUCCGUGACGUCAGCACCCAGUCGUCGACUCGUCGGAUGAGACACAUUUGCGAUGUUAAAGAUGCUGAUUUGGACAAUAAACGCGACACUGUCUGGCAUUAGCAGCGCGGUGACACGCGGCGGGGACGCGCGGCGCUCGAUCGGGUAGAUUGAUGCGGUUGUUAGUGCGGAGCGUUGCGGGUUUUUGAAGGAUUUGCGCGAGGGAGAAAGACCCCCACUCUCCACGCACGCGCCUGACUCUUGUAAACAGAGACGCGCACGAGACCAGCCGGACAAAAGGCCUCGUGAGCGACGCGCGGCAGGUGACGCGACGCGCGCAGGUGUAAAUAUAACAACAGAAGAUGAGCGCGUUAAAGGACGCAUCCGGACCCUCGAGAACAAAACAAAGACCAACGCGAGUUUUGGGGUAUUAAUGCGCGACUGAAGCGAGUGUGUUCAUCCGCGUCCGUUAGUCUGACAUCUAUUUAAUUUUAUUUAAUCGAAUUUAAUUUAUCCCGCUUUAUUUGUGGUGUUGUUUCGCGAUCUUUGUUCGGGAUAAACGGGAUAUGUCAUUCACGAUGGAGGAUACUCUAGAGUCCGGAUGGGUUUCGGUGCGACCGAAUGUUUUUGAGGAGAAAGAAAAGCACAAGUUCGUCUUCAUCGUCGCGUGGAACGACAUCGAGGGAAAGUUCGCCGUCACGUGCCACAACCGAACCGUGCAGAAACGGACCGCGGUGCGGGACUCGCUGCUGCUCGAGGUGGCCGAGGGCGAACUGACCGCGGGCAAACAACAGCGUCCCGCCAGAGACAGGCCUCCGCCGAAGAGUCCGGACCGGGAAUCCAAUUCCAGCAGACCGGUGGCGAGAAGUCCAAGCAAAGCGAGCGGAACCGCCAAGAGCGGCGACAUGGAAGUUCUAGACCCGAUCCCCGGUGUGGCGGAUGAAGCACCGGAGGUCCCGGACGACCUGGACCCGAAUCUGCGGGAGGACUUCAGCUGGGCCGGACUCUUCUCGUUCCAGGACAUGCGGGCCGUUCACCUGCAGCUGUGCGCCGUCAACUCGGACCUGGAACCGUGUCUGCCCGCCUUCCCCGAGGAGCAGACGGGCGUGUGGUCGGUUCUGUUCGGGGUUCCGGAGAUGAGCGCGCGCGAGAUGGAGGCGCUCUGCUUCCAGCUGCAGGUGUAUCUGGGUCACGCGCUCGACACCUGCGGAUGGAAGAUCCUGUCUCAGAUUCUGUUUCCGGACAACGACGAUUCUGAGGAGUAUUAUGAGAGUUUGAGUGAACUCCGACAGAAGGGAUAUGAAGAUGCGCUCCAGAGGAACAAGAGACACCUGCAAGAGUUGUUGGAGCGUCAGCGUGCUGUGGACAGUAUGGUGGAGCUGCUGCAGUUGUACUCUGAACAGGAUGAAGCGUACAGCGAUCUGGUGGAGGCCACGACUGAACUCUAUCACUAUCUGCUACAACCAUUCAGAGACAUGAGAGAACUCGCCAUGCUGCGCAGACAACAGAUCAAGAUCUCUUUGGAGUCGGAGCACUUGGGUCCGCGGCGGGUGGAGUCUCUUCAUCGUGAGGAUGAUGAUUGGCAGAGGAAGGCUCAUACGGCUGUGCUGUCCAUACAGGAUCUGACGGUUAAAUACUUCGAGACCACGGCACGAGCACAGAAGGUGAUGUACGAGCGCAUGCGUGCUGACCAGAGGAAGUUUGGUAAAGCUGCAUGGGGGGCUGCAGUGGAGCGCAUGGAGAAACUACAGUACGCCGUUUCAAAGGAAACGCUACAACUGAUGCGUGCCAAAGAGAUCUGUUUGGAACAGAGAAAACAUGGACUUAGAGAGGAGAUGCAGGGUCUGCAGGAUGGAGAGGACGCAAUGGUGCGAUUGGACCAGUUGGAGGCACUGUACUACGAGCUUCAACUGCAGCUCUAUGAGAUCCAGUUUGAGAUCCUCAAGUAUGAAGAGCUGCUAUUGACUGCACAGCUGCAGAGUCUGCGCAGACAGAUGAGCGAGAGACAGGAAGAAGUGGUGUACUACGACACGUAUGAGAGCCCCGACGCCAUGAAGGCCACCGACGACCCCGCAACCCCAUUGACCCCACCUAGAGAUGAUAUCACCAAGUUACAGCAGAGGACUCGCCAACUGGAGGCCAGGAGAGGCCGCAUUACCGCCAAGAAAGCCUACCUCAAAAACAAGAAGGAAAUCUGCAUCAUUAAUCACACACAGAAACUAGAGAAGCGGCAGAGCGGCAUGGACUGUGUUUCCCAGCAGGCUCUGUGGCAGGUUGAAGAGGAGGAGGAAGAGCAGCGCAUCUCUCGAGUCAGUCAGGAGAGACAGAGAACUCUAGAUCGACUGCGCAGCUUCAAACAGCGCUACCCAGGUCAGGUGACUCUGAAAUCCACACGUCUGCGAUUGGCGUACUCCAGAAAGAAAACCGGUCCGACCCAAACCACCGCGAGACUGGAGCCGCCGCAGAUGCAGACUGCUAGCGUGCAGACGGAAGACGCUCCAGCGCCUUUAGAACAUUCCGCAGGAGUCCCGGAGCUGUGCAGACCCGACAGUUUCCUGUCUCUGCCCACAAUGGGCAUGGCCGUCGCUGAUGUCACCCCUCUGGACGCUGCGCACGCAUCACUUCCUCCUACCCAAGAGCUCCUGCUGCUGGACUCCUCCACCUCGCCCAUCUCCCCUCCUCCUCCUCCACCCCCACCUCCCCCUCCACCUCCUCCACCCCCUCCCUCUCUAGAGGAGAUGCCCGCAGAUGGGCAGUGCCAGCCAAGCAGCCCCCUGCAGCAGCCCAUGGCUGAGAGUCCACUCGCCCCAUUCUCCGCUCGGUUCUUCGACAGCAGUCAGCUGGUGAACGCCAGGAAGAAGUUGAGGAAGACCUCGUCACUGGAGUCCAACCAGUGGAGGAGAGCGAGCUCUCCGAUGGACGAGGUUUUAGCCAGUCUGAAGCGCGGCAGUUUCCACCUGCGGAAGGCCGAGCUGCGUGUGCUGGCUCCCGAUCCGGACGAGGAUGACGGGAAUAAUAUUCUGGCUCAGAUCAGGAAGGGCGUGAAGCUGCGUAAAGUGCGGCGACAGGAGCGCGGCGUGAAGGGGAUGAUGCACGAUUCAACCGACUCGCUGACACGCAGCAUUCACGAGGCACUGAGACGCAUUAAAGAGGCUUCGCCCGAAUCAGACUCAGAGGACGAGACGCUGCCCUGCACAGACUGGGAGAGCUGAACCGCUGCUGACUCAACAGUGUGUGUUUAGUGACAAACAUGAUCUGCUCUUGUAUUAUGUCCAUAUGAAGAAACAUCAGAGAAUAUGUGUGUUUACCUCACAAUACUGACAGCUGAACUAGUACACAACAGAUUAAUGAAGCAAACGUUCACUUAAUCGGUUUGUUGAGUGUGUUAUUCCAGUCAUUUAUUUGUUUUCUUCUAUUUGUGUCUUUAUAUAUGAUAGCGGGAGGUUUUUGAAGUUUGUUUUGUUUCAGUAAAAGUUGGUGAUAUCGGUCAUUAAUGCCCUGAACAUCAGUCUGUGUGGCACUCAGCUGGUAUAAAUGAGUGACGUGAUGGGAUGAAACCAGUCAAGAACAGGUCAUAUUUCACCCCCAAAUCUAAACAACGUCUAUUUUUAAGAUCAUUAAAAUUGUUAUUAUUUUCAUGACAAUUAAGCACAUUACUUUAAUGUGAAUUGAAAAGUAGCUUAUUUAAACAUCGUGGUAGUUGCCUUUCAUUUAAGCUGAUUUAAAUAAUUGAAUUGAUUUUCACUAAUGAGAGUCUCCAUUGAUUAAUAAUUAUACUGAUUAAAGAAAUAUUCUAGAUUCAGUACAAGUUAAGCUCAAUGGACAGUAUUUGUGGCAUAAUGCUGAUUUACUAGAGGUCAACUGAUUGUGGAUUUUGCCGAUACCGAUAACUAAGGGGGUCAAAUAGGCCGAUAACCGAUUAAUGGGGCGAUAGUUUUUAAAAUCGAUUUAUAGAAUGUAAAAAAUUAUUUUUAUGCUUUCUAUACUACAACAGGCACAGACAGAGGCUACAAGAGUCCAGAUUCAGUCUAUUGUGCAACCAAAUCCGUAUAAUAACCAGUAAAAUGAAGUAUACUAUAAACAAGCCCAGAAUACACUUAUUUCGGGACUCUUACUUUGAAAUUACAGAGAAUUGGCUCUAUGUUUUUAGUAUUUACCAAAUUAAACUUUUAUAGCUUUUAUUUACCAGACUGAGGAUUUUCUAUAUGAGGUAUUUUAUUAUUAUUCACAAGAAAGUUGGAGACACGAUAUUUGUGCAGGGCACGUCUAUAUAGUCACAUGUUUCUUUGCAUGCUCUCGCUUCAAUUUAGAAAACUUGAUUUAUGUAAUCAAAAUAACAAAAUAUGCAUUGAAGGAUAAAAAUAUGGUUGAAUAUUAUCAAUGAUGAAAGAUUUAGAUAGAAUAAAUCCCCACGAGGUGUUAGUGAUUGUUUUUAUUUCACUUUUUGAGGCUGCUGUUAUACUGUAGGAAUACAAAAAUAAUAAAUAAAAACUAUUGGCACCGAUUAAUCGGUCUACCUCUAUUGAUUUCCACAGAAAUUAAUUUUGACUCGUUCCUCCUUUAAAAAAAAAAAAAAAAAAAGCACAAAUCUGUGUUCUAGUGAGACACUUACAAUGGAAGUCAAUGGGGUCAAUCUGUAAUGUUGAAAUACUCACAGUUUCAAAAGUAUAGACAAGAGGUAGAUGGAUAUAUGGGUUUUACCAAUUAAUCGUGCCGAUAGUUGCUUUUUGGAGCCAUCGGUUAUCGACAAAAAUCUUUGCCGAUAGUUUCAGAUGUUUUUUUGUUUUUUUUAUAUUUAUUCCUCAUCAAUACACCUCAUAUGGUAAAAUAUAUAGGCUAUAAAAACUUAAUUUGUUAAAUACUUAAAUAAAGAGCAUUAUAACAGAUCCAAGAAUUUAAAAAAAAAUUUUUUUUUUUAAAUAAAGUCCCUGAUGUAUUUUGGGCUUCUUUAUAAUUAAAAGGCCCACGUUAUACACAAUCAUCAUUUUCCCGAUUAUUAUUGGAAUUUUUGUUGCAUGAUAAACUUCUUUUGAGAUUUUAUUCAUGUUAGACUCUUGUAGAUUCAGUGUCUGCGCCCGUUAUAGUAAGAAAAUACUAAGAAAUCUUUGAUCAUUCUAUAAACACAUUUUUAAAAACUAUCGGUCGAUUAAUCGGUUAUCGGCCUUUUCCACCACCUUAGUUAUCGGUAUCGGCAAAACCCACUAUCGGUCGACCUCUAAUAGCCACAAGACGUAAACAAUAUGUGUGUUAACAUUAUUUUAGUAUGAUAAAAUCACUUACCGCAUCUGUGUAAAGUUAUCUCCAUGAUGACAAAACCCUGUAAUCAUGGUAUUGGAGUUAAACAUAUUGAAUAUAACUUUACACAGUAAAGGUUAGUGAUCGGUUUUAUAGCCCUGAAAUCCUGUGUACGGAUUGGCCCCAUUCACUUCCAUUGUAUUAACCCAGAUUGUUUUUUUCUUUUUUUUUUAGUUUUUUAGAAAAGGAGGGACAAGUCAAAAAAAAAUGUUUUGUGAUAAUCAACAUGGUCACAAAUGCUGUUGAUUGACCUUAACUUGUAUUGAACCUGGAAUAUUCCUUUAAUAAUUUAUGAAAAUUAUCAUUUUAAUAAUUAUUUGUACUUAAGCGGUCUCUGAUGCUUUCUGCCUGUCAGUCAUUUUGCACAUUCUCAUAGUAUUGUAGUUGCAGUGAAUUAUUGAGGCUUAAUGCCAUUUUUAUGCCAUGUUGUUCAUAGCAGUUGUCAGAUGAGGGCGCUAUUUUGCUGCGGUUGUUUUAACAACAGUAUCUGCUCAGUGUCAGUAUCAAUAAAGCUCAUUUGGUAUCUUUGAAGGGCGGGGUUUUGGGGAAAGGGGCGUGGCUAAUUCAACAGCUCAACUCGAUUGCUUGAGGAUAUUCUAGACUGGCUGAAAUCACUUACAGCACCUUUAACUGUCAUGUUACAAAACUUUAAAUGGCCUUAAAAACAGGCAUUAUUUUCAUUGUGCAAAUUAUACUUAUUUCUUGUUUGAUUUUGGGGUGAACUAUGAGCUGCAGUUCAACACGUCAAUUACACGAGUGUCGUCAUCACCCAGUGUUUUACUACAAUCAUUGUCUUGAUUUUAAGGUCUCUUAAAUUGUAUCUGCUUGUAGAGUAUCUUUGUUUAGCUGCUGUCAUUUCUGUUUGAUCCGAAUUCAUUCACAUUACUUGUGAUUUAAUUGAGUUUUGUUUGUUUUUUUAAAGGUUGCGUAUUUUCUUAUAUUUUCCUGUCUAUAAACCAGUGGACGCCUGUGUUUGUUUGACUGUACAUCAACUCAUCCAGCACUGAAACAGCUUUAAGAUCUGUUUUCUUCUGAGAGCUGAUUGGACAGUCUGUCACUCAUGGUCACAUGCUUUUUGCACUUGAUUUAUGAAGAAUAUGUCAAUAAGGCCACGGUGAGUGUGAUGUGACUCAUUUCACUGUGUCAAACUGCUCAAAAAUGAAUGCUGAUCUGUAGCGUGACACAAUGUUUACUCACAGCUGUACUGUCUGGUGUCGGUGAACGCACCCUCAACACUGUUCUGAUAAAUCUGACCUAACACCAGCAGAAGGGCACAACAGUUUAAUUUGACGUUUUUCAUCAUGUGUACUGUAUUUAGCUUUUGAUAUUAUGAUUUGUCUUUUAAUUAUAUUAAUUGUCAUACAUGUUCUAUGCAUUGUGUUUCCAGCUGCAUUGAAACAACACUACAGUUCUUAAUUAUUCCACUCUACUAAACACAUUAAAACCGUUAAAGAUGCCGAUGCGUGACUGGAGAAGACCCAAAAACUAGCCAGUCACUAGAUAUGUGCAAUAUUAUUAUAAUAGAAACUAAUAUUUUUCAUGUGUAUUAUAUUGUAAUAGACAGCAAAUCCAUCUGCAUGUUUGCCUAAAGGACACAUGUAUUUAUUGAGUUAAAAGAAAUAUUUAAAUAUGUAAAGCAAUAUCAUACAAAUGUAAAAUGAAUUUUUGAAACUCUGCUUUUCCAGCCAUUGUACCUAUUUUAAAUUUGCAUUUUGCCCCUUAAGUAAAUAAAGUAUCAAAAGAAA